AUGUUUGUUAAUUUAGAGCAGAGAGAACUACUUUUAUAGUCCAAAUUUAUUCGAAAUAUCCUAAGUUUAAUAGGGAGAGAAGAAUAAAAAAAGAUAAUUAAUUUAAAUUAAAUGAAACAAACUAAUUGGGCUAAAUUGAUUGAAGAAUUAGGAGAAUCCGCGAUUGAAGAGUUGAAUGAAGAACUUCUAAUGUCGGUUGUCAAGUUGCCUGGUUAAAAAAUGUCAUUUCCUGAAUUAUAACAUUAUUUAAGCAAUGAAUUUUGGGUGCAUUUUGAUGAAAACACCACACGAAGCAAACUGCAUGAUAAAGAUAAAUAUUUGCUAAUAUGGUGUGUUGUCAAAUUAGCAAAGAAAAGAAACAUAGAAUUCAAUGACUUGGUAUUUAUAAAGUUUAUUUUUGUACUUUAGAUAGAAAAGGGUGUUUUUAAAGACUUAUCGAGUGUUCUAGGACCUCCCGAAAAGUUCCUAAUAUCAAGAUGGCUGAGUCUUUUAAAGCAAAAAUUAAAACAACUUCCUUGGAAACAAGCAGAAGACAAAAUAAUAAUUGAUUUAAAGAAGUAUUGAUAUACAUUUAAAAAGUUAAUAUCCUAAAGAAAGUUGGUUGUUUAUAGCCGACGAAUUUAAUAAAAAAGCAAAAAGUUUAAGAUAUUCCAAGUAGAUACGCGAAAGGUUUAAUAAUGUAAUAAACCCUAAAAUAAAUAAGUAAAUCUUUUUUAAUAUUCAAGAAAACCAUUCUCAGAUAAAGAGAUAAAAUAAAUUAUGCUGAAAGCCUAUGAAUUGAAGAAAAAAUGGGCAAGUAUUGCUAAAGAAAUGCCUGGGCGCACCGAUAAUAAAAUUAAAAACUGCUAUAAUUCAAUAAUGAACAAAAUCAAAAAGAAAAUGCUAAUUGUACUUCUAAAUUAUAUCUUAGAAUAAGGCUGAUUAAAAAUAAGAACAAAAAAUCUUGAAAUACAUUUAACAAUAUAAUACUUUUGAUCCUGAUGAGUUGGUAAAUCAGAUAGAACUAGAUAUAAAAAUUCAAAGUUCUAUCAAAGUAGAACAUUCAAAUGAAAACUCCAAUACUUCAAACUAUGAGAAUUACGUCUCUUCUAUUAUCCCAAAUUUUUCCCCCAUGCUAUUUGUAUAAGGCCAUAUUAUGUAGAGUUAAUUUUAAUCUUAAUUUAUUGGAUAUCCAGUAUAUUUUUUUACAAAGAGAGAUGAAACAAGCCAAAUUUGA